AUGUUUAGCUUUUGUAGCAGAAAACUUCUUCAUAUGAAGUGUUCUGGUAGUUCAUCAACAACAUGUCUCCUUCCCAUUAUUGGAAACUCAUCUCUUAGGUUUAAUUCAAAUGCCACAGAACAACCGUCUCUCACUGUAGAUUAUCUCAUAAACAGAUGUGGGUUAACCCAAGAAUCUGCUCUUAAAACCUCCCAUAGGUUUAAUAUCAAAUCCACCACAAAAGCAGACUCGGUUCUCGCCCUUCUCAACAGCUAUGGAUUACCCAAACCCUGUAUCUCAGAGGUAAUCCGCAGGAACCCUACAGUACUCUCUGUGGAUCUUAAGAAAACCUUGGAACCCAAGAUUGAGUUUUUCUCUAAUAUGGGGAUUUCAGGCCCCGACCUUGCAAGGAUCUUGUAUAGAGGCCCAAGCAUACUAACGGACGCCAGUUUGAGAAACGAAAUUAUCCCUUCCAUUGAAUUCCUUAAGAGUUUCCUUCACAAUGGUAAGAAUAUUGCUGCGGCCAUGAGUCGGUUGAGGUGGACAAUGGGGUUUCAAAGAGUAAUGGAGUGUAACAUUGAGUUCUUGCGAAAUCAAGGGGUGCCGGAUUCUGGGAUUUCGAAACUAAUUCUACUAUGUCCUCGAGCACUUAAUUGGAAACAACCUCGGGUUAAUGAGGUUGUCCUGCAAGCCAAUGAAAUGGGGUGUAACUCCUCGAGUUUGAUAUUUAUCUAA